UGUCUCUGUUUCUGCUGUCGCUCCCCUGGAUGGUUUUCGCGGGGGAAUCGAGACGAACGCUCGGCUCGGAGCGGAUGGAUGAGGACCAGAGGGAGGACAUGGAAUGUAAGGUGAAGAGCGUGACCGUGUCCGCGCUCCCGUUCCUCCGCGAGAAUGAGCUGAGCAUCAUGCACUCCCCGUCGGCCUCCGAGCCCAAGCUGCUCUUCUCCGUCAGGAACGACUUCCCCGGAGCGGUGGAGGUGGUGGACGACCUGGAGAACACCGAGCUGCCCUACUUCAUCCUGGAGAUCUCGGGCAACUCGGAGGACAUCCCUCUGGUGCGCUGGAAGCAGCAGUGGCUGGAGAACGGGACGCUACUGUUCCACAUCCACCACCAGGACGGCAGCGGCCAGCCGGCCGGCCUCUCCCCCACCGCCGACACGGCCCGCGACUCAGCCGACGAGGAGCUCCGCAUCCUGCACAUCUCUGUCAUGGGUGGGAUGAUCGCCCUGCUUCUGUCCAUCCUGUGUCUGGUGCUCAUCCUGUACACGCGGCGCCGCUGGUGUAAGGGCCGGCGCGUGCCGCAGCCCCAGAAGAGCGCCAGCGCCGAGGCGGCCAACGAGAUCCACUACAUCCCCUCGGUGCUGAUGGGGGGCCAGGCCCGCGAGAGCCUCAGGAACUCCCGGGGCCAGGGGCCCAACUCAAGUGGGACCCUCAGCAUCAGGGAGACCCCCAUCCUGGACGGGUAUGAGUAUGACAUCACAGAUCUGCGCCACCACCUUCAGAGGGAGUGUAUGAACGGCGGAGAGGACUUCGCCAGUCAGGUGACCCGGACGCUGGACUCACUCCAGGGCUGCAACGACAAGAAGAACAUCGACCUCACUCCUGUGAGUGACAACACGAAGCUGGCUCUGAUGAACAAGUACAAGGACAACAUCAUCGCUACAAGCCCGAUCGACAACAACCACCAACACAACAGCCUGCUGACGCACAACACGUCCACCAGCCAGCGCAAACGCCUGUCCAGCAACACGCGCACGGGCUCCACCUUCCUGACCCCUGACGGGGACUCUGGGACGGAGGCGGACAGCGACCCCCAGCUCACCUUCUACACCGACCCGCACCGCAGCCGGCGGCGCAGCCGCGGCCUCAGGAACGGGUCGGCCACCAGCGGCUGGGGCUCCGGGGCCGGUUCCCCUCGUAGCCCGAUCAACAAGACGACCCUGACCCUGAUCAGCGUGGUGAGCUGCCUGCUGGGGCUGGUCUACGCCUCCCACCUCUCCUGCACUCUGGCCGUCCGCAUCAUCCUCCACGUCCCGGAGCACCUCAUCGCCGACGGCUCCAGGUUCAUCCUGCUGCAGGGGAACCAGUUCGACGCGUCUGAUUGGCUGAACCCGGCACAGGUGUUACUGUUCCACCAGCAGAACGCCAGCGGGCCCUGGGUCAACGAGCUUUGUGGCCGCCGCCUGCUGGACCCCUGCGAGCACCAGUGUGACCCCGACACAGGAGACUGUUUGUGUCUGGACGGCUACAUGAAGGACCCGGUCCACAAACACCUCUGCAUCCGCAACGAGUGGGGGCCUAACCAGGGCCCCUGGCCCUACACCAUCUUCCAGCGCGGCUUUGAUCUGGUCCUGGGAGAACAGCCCUCUGACCGCAUCUUCAGGUUCACCUAUACUCUGGGAGAGGGCAUGUGGCUGCCCUUGAGCAAGAGUUUUGUUAUCCCCCCUGCUGAGCUGGCGAUCAACCCCUCGGCCAAAUGCAAGACGGAUAUGACUGUGAUGGAGGACGCUGUGGACGUACGGGAGGAGCUGAUGAUCAGCUCCUCGUUCGAUAGCCUGGAGGUGCUGUUGGACUCCUUCGGCCCGGUCAGGGACUGUUCCAAGGACAACGGAGGCUGCAGCCGCAACUUCCGCUGCAUAUCCGACCGCAAGCUGGACUCCACCGGAUGUGUGUGUCCACCAGGCCUCAGCCCGAUGAAGGACGGAACCGGAUGCUAUGACCACCACAUCGGGAUCGACUGCUCCGACGGGUUCAACGGAGGCUGUGAGCAGCUGUGUCUGCAGCAGCUGGCUCCCCUAGAGGAUGACCCCACUCUCUACAACAUCCAGAUGUUCUGUGGCUGUAUAGAGGACUACCGCCGUGGUCCGGACGGCCGGUCGUGCCAACCCCUCUCGGAGGUCUGCACGGAGGGCGUGGACUGCGGCGAGCCCGCCGACAUCCCGGCCAAUCAGACGCUGUUCGGAGACCUCUUCUACGGCUACAACAACCACAGCAAGGAGAGCAGCUCAGGGCAGAUCCUCAAGGCCACCUUCAGGCAGAAGAACUUUGCUCGCGGCCUGCAGCAGCAGCUCCCAGACGGUAUGGUGGUGGCGUCGGUCCCCAACGAGGUCCAGUGUCAGGAGGAGCUGUCAGACCCCGUCCCGGACCCAGACUAUCUCUCAGGCAUGGUGAACUACAGCGAGGUGUCGGGUUAUCCUCUCGUUCAGCACUGGAAGCUCCGCUCCGUCCAGUACCACGUCAAGCUCAACCAGUGGGUGCUGUCGCAAGCCUUCAGCUCGGCCCUCCACUCCCUCGAUGGGGCGACCCAGAGGAGCGACUUCGUCUCCAUCCUGGCGGAGUUUGGGAACCACUAUGUCCAGGAGGCGGUCUACGGCUUCCAGGAGACCUGCACCAUCUGGUACCCCAACAAGCAGGUCCAGAGGCAGCUGUGGCUGGAGUACCAGGACAUCAGCAAGGGUAACUCCCCCUCGGAGGAGUCGGAGGAGCGGGACAAGGAGCCGCGGACCCUGACCUACCCGGCCUACAUGGCCAGCCUGCUGGACUCGGGGUCCCAGCGCGUUGUGGGCGGGGUCCGCAUGGACUGCUCCAGCCAGGGCCAGUGUCCCCCCUCCUGCCACCUCUGUCACAUGUCCCCCUCCUCCCCCUCCUCCUCCUCCUCCUCCUCCUCCUCAGCGGGGGGCCGGCAGCAGUCCGAGCCCGUCCUCCUCCAGAUCACCCGGGCAACGCCCAUCGUGGAGCUGGUGUCCAACAACGAGACCUAUCAGGCCCUACAGGAAGCCAUGAUGAGCAUGCUGUGGUGCUCGGGGAGAGGUGAUGUCAUCGAUGACUGGUGCCGCUGCGACUCCAGCGCCUUCGGGGCCGACGGCCUGCCCACCUGCGCCCCCCUCCCCCAGCCCAGGCUGAAGCUGUCCCACACCUACGAGCCCAGCAGCUCACUGGUGAUCGUGGAGUGGAACCACGCAGAACCGCUGAUCGGAGUCCGCAUCGUGGACUACCUCAUCAGCCAGGAGAAGGUCACGGAGAGGAGCGACCACGGCAAGGUGGAGACCGAGUCUGUCCUCAGUCUGGUGGAUGACGUCCUGUCGGGGGCUAAGUCGCCGUGUGUGAUGCUAGGAGACGUCCCCGACCUCCAGGCCUCCACCCUCAGCCUGAUCAUCCGCUGCCUGGAGGCCGACACCACCUACAUGUUCAGGUUGUGGUCAGUGGACAACACAGGUCGGAGGUCGGGUCCCAGUGAGGUCACCAUCAAGACCCCGUGCCCUGCCGUGGACGACGUCAAGGCCCAGGAGAUAGCGGAUAAGAUCUACAACCUGUUCAACGGCUACACCAGCGGUAAGGAGCAGCAGACGGCCUACAACACGCUGAUGGAGCAGAGCCCGCCCACGCUGCACCGCGUGCUCUACCACUACAACCAGCGCUACCACGGCUUUGGGGAGUUCACCUGGCGCUGCGAGGACGAGCUCGGGCCCAGGAAGGCCGGUCUGAUCCUGUCCCAGCUGGAGCAGCUGUCAGGGUGGUGCCGGGGCCUCCUCCAGGAGCCCCGCAUCGGCCUGCGCCGGAUGUCCCUCCGCUUCCUGUCCUGCCGCUACAGCGACACCAAGGCCUUCGGCCUCAACUGGGUGGACCUCGGCCAGGACCUCCGCAAGGCCUGCGAGGACCAGACCCUCGCCGUCAUGUACAACGACUAUGGCGAGGCCAGGGACCUCUGA